UUGUAUUAGGUACCAUAGAGUGAGGCGAGGAUGAAGCCGAGAGGAUACUGCAGAGAUCUGUGGUGCAUGUGUGUAUGUGUGCGUGUGUGUGUUCGUGUGUGUGUGUGCGUCCCGCCUCAGUGAGACUGCAGCCCUGGUAAAUACUCGGUCACCCUUUGCAAAGGGAAUCUGAACAAUUUGAAGGCACGUUGUUAUCAUCCGGUCUUUGGGAGAUGCUGCUCCUCGUUGCGGAUGGGUAAUUUUCCUUUUUAUCAGGACUUUCAUAUGCAGAGUAAAUGGUAAUUAAAAUGUGCAGGAUGACAAGAUGGAGCAAACAGUGCUUGUACCACCAGGACCUGACAGCUUCAACUUCUUCACCAGAGAAUCUCUUGCUGCUAUUGAAAGACGCAUUGCAGAAGAAAAGGCUAAGAAUCCCAAACCAGACAAGAAAGAUGAUGAUGAAAAUGGCCCAAAGCCAAAUAGUGACUUGGAAGCUGGAAAGAACCUUCCUUUUAUUUAUGGAGACAUUCCUCCAGAGAUGGUGUCAGAGCCGCUGGAGGACCUGGACCCGUACUAUAUCAAUAAAAAAACUUUUAUAGUAUUGAAUAAAGGGAAGGCCAUCUUCCGGUUCAGUGCCACCUCUGCCCUGUACAUUUUAACUCCCUUCAAUCCUCUUAGGAAAAUAGCUAUUAAGAUUUUGGUACAUUCAUUAUUCAGCAUGCUCAUCAUGUGCACUAUUUUGACAAACUGUGUGUUUAUGACAAUGAGUAACCCUCCUGACUGGACAAAGAAUGUAGAGUACACCUUCACAGGAAUAUACACUUUUGAAUCACUUAUAAAAAUUAUUGCAAGGGGCUUCUGUUUAGAAGACUUUACUUUUCUUCGGGACCCAUGGAACUGGCUUGAUUUCACUGUCAUUACAUUUGCAUAUGUGACAGAGUUUGUGGACCUGGGCAAUGUCUCAGCGCUAAGAACAUUCAGAGUUCUCCGAGCACUGAAAACAAUUUCAGUCAUUCCAGGCCUGAAGACCAUUGUGGGGGCUCUGAUCCAGUCGGUGAAGAAGCUCUCCGAUGUCAUGAUCCUGACUGUGUUCUGUCUGAGCGUGUUUGCCCUGAUUGGGCUGCAGCUGUUCAUGGGUAACCUGCGGAAUAAAUGUGUACAAUGGCCUCCCACCAAUGCUUCCCUGGAGGAACACAGUAUAGAGAGGAAUGUAACUAUGAAUUACAAUGGCACACUUGUCAAUGAAACUCGCUUUGAGUUUGACUGGAAAUCAUAUAUUCAAGAUACAAGAUAUCAUUAUUUUCUGGAGGGUGUUUUGGAUGCACUACUAUGUGGAAAUAGCUCUGAUGCAGGUCAAUGUCCAGAAGGAUAUGUGUGUGUGAAAGCUGGUAGAAAUCCUAAUUAUGGCUAUACAAGCUUCGACACAUUCAGUUGGGCUUUUUUGUCUCUGUUUCGACUGAUGACUCAGGACUUCUGGGAAAAUCUGUACCAACUGACAUUACGUGCUGCUGGAAAAACAUACAUGAUUUUUUUUGUGCUGGUCAUUUUCUUGGGCUCAUUCUAUCUGAUAAAUUUGAUCUUGGCUGUGGUGGCCAUGGCCUAUGAGGAACAGAAUCAGGCCACCUUGGAAGAGGCAGAACAGAAAGAGGCUGAAUUUCAGCAGAUGCUCGAACAGCUUAAAAAGCAACAAGAGGCAGCUCAGCAGGCCGCAGCUGUCACUGCCUCAGAGCAUUCCAGAGAACCUAGUGCCACUGGGGGGCUCUCUGACAGCUCCUCUGAAGCCUCCAAGUUGAGCUCCAAGAGUGCUAAGGAAAGAAGAAAUCGGAGAAAGAAAAGGAAACAGAAAGAGCAGUCUGGUGGGGAGGAGAAGGAUGAGGAUGAGUUCCACAAGUCUGAGUCUGAAGACAGCAUCAGGAGAAAAGGGUUUCGCUUCUCCAUAGAGGGGAACCGAUUGACGUAUGAAAAGAGGUACUCCUCCCCACACCAGUCUUUGUUGAGCAUCCGUGGCUCCCUAUUUUCUCCAAGGCGAAAUAGCAGAACAAGCCUUUUCAGCUUUAGAGGGCGAGCAAAAGAUGUGGGAUCGGAGAAUGACUUUGCUGAUGAUGAGCACAGCACCUUUGAGGAUAACGAGAGCCGAAGAGACUCCUUGUUUGUGCCCCGACGGCAUGGAGAACGGCGCAACAGUAACCUGAGUCAGACCAGUAGGUCUUCCCGGAUGCUGGCAGUGUUUCCAGCAAAUGGGAAGAUGCACAGCACUGUGGAUUGCAAUGGUGUGGUGUCCUUGGUUGGUGGACCUUCAGUUCCUACAUCGCCUGUUGGACAGCUUCUGCCAGAGGUGAUAAUAGAUAAGCCAGCUACUGAUGACAAUGGAACAACCACCGAGACUGAGAUGAGGAAGAGAAGGUCAAGUUCUUUCCAUGUUUCCAUGGAUUUUCUAGAAGAUCCUUCCCAAAGGCAACGAGCAAUGAGUAUAGCCAGCAUUUUAACAAAUACAGUAGAAGAACUUGAAGAAUCCAGACAGAAAUGCCCACCCUGUUGGUAUAAAUUUUCCAACAUAUUCUUAAUCUGGGACUGUUCACCAUAUUGGUUAAAAGUGAAACAUAUUGUCAACCUGGUUGUGAUGGACCCGUUUGUUGACCUGGCCAUCACCAUCUGCAUUGUCUUAAAUACUCUUUUCAUGGCCAUGGAGCACUAUCCAAUGACAGAACAUUUCAAUAAUGUGCUUACAGUAGGAAACUUGGUUUUCACUGGGAUCUUUACAGCAGAAAUGUUUCUGAAAAUUAUUGCCAUGGACCCUUACUAUUAUUUCCAAGAAGGCUGGAAUAUCUUUGAUGGUUUUAUUGUGACGCUUAGCCUGGUAGAACUUGGCCUUGCCAAUGUGGAAGGAUUAUCCGUUCUCCGUUCAUUCCGACUGCUCCGAGUUUUCAAGUUGGCAAAAUCUUGGCCAACAUUAAAUAUGCUAAUAAAGAUCAUCGGCAAUUCAGUGGGGGCUCUGGGUAACCUCACCUUGGUGUUGGCCAUCAUCGUCUUCAUUUUUGCCGUGGUCGGCAUGCAGCUGUUUGGUAAAAGCUACAAAGAUUGUGUCUGUAAGAUCUCUACCAGCUGUGAGCUCCCACGCUGGCACAUGAAUGACUUCUUCCACUCCUUCCUGAUUGUGUUCCGUGUGCUGUGUGGAGAGUGGAUAGAAACCAUGUGGGACUGUAUGGAGGUCGCUGGUCAAGCCAUGUGCCUUACUGUCUUCAUGAUGGUCAUGGUGAUUGGAAAUUUGGUGGUCCUGAACCUCUUUCUGGCCUUGCUUCUGAGCUCAUUUAGUGCAGACAAUCUUGCAGCCACGGAUGAUGAUAAUGAAAUGAACAAUCUCCAAAUAGCCGUGGACAGGAUGCACAAGGGAGUAGCUUAUGUGAAGAGAAAAAUAUACGAAUUUAUUCAACAAUCCUUUGUUAGAAAACAGAAGAUUUUAGAUGAAAUUAAACCACUUGAUGAUCUAAACAAUAAAAAAGACAGUUGUAUGUCCAAUCAUACAACAGAAAUUGGGAAAGAUCUUGACUAUCUUAAAGAUGUGAAUGGAACCACAAGUGGAAUAGGAACCGGCAGCAGUGUUGAAAAAUACAUUAUUGAUGAAAGUGAUUACAUGUCAUUCAUAAACAAUCCCAGUCUUACUGUGACUGUACCAAUUGCUGUAGGAGAGUCUGACUUUGAAAAUUUAAACACAGAGGACUUCAGUAGUGAAUCAGAUCUGGAAGAAAGCAAAGAGAAACUUAAUGAAAGCAGUAGCUCCUCGGAAGGCAGCACUGUAGACAUUGGUGCACCUGCAGAAGAACAGCCUGUAGUGGAACCCGAGGAAACCCUUGAACCUGAAGCCUGUUUCACUGAAGGCUGUGUACAAAGAUUUAAAUGUUGUCAAAUCAGUGUGGAAGAAGGGAGGGGGAAACAAUGGUGGAACCUGAGAAGAACGUGUUUCCGAAUAGUUGAACAUAACUGGUUUGAGACCUUCAUUGUCUUCAUGAUUCUGCUUAGUAGUGGUGCACUGGCAUUUGAAGAUAUAUAUAUUGAUCAGCGAAAGACAAUUAAGACAAUGUUGGAAUAUGCUGACAAGGUUUUCACUUACAUUUUCAUUCUGGAAAUGCUUCUAAAAUGGGUAGCAUAUGGCUAUCAAACAUAUUUUACCAAUGCCUGGUGUUGGCUGGACUUCUUAAUUGUGGAUGUUUCAUUGGUCAGUUUAACAGCAAAUGCCUUGGGUUACUCAGAACUUGGUGCCAUCAAAUCUCUCAGGACACUGAGAGCUCUGAGACCUCUAAGAGCCUUAUCACGAUUUGAAGGGAUGAGGGUGGUUGUGAAUGCCCUUUUAGGAGCAAUUCCAUCCAUCAUGAAUGUGCUUCUGGUUUGUCUUAUAUUCUGGCUAAUUUUCAGCAUCAUGGGCGUAAAUUUGUUUGCUGGCAAAUUCUACCACUGUAUUAACACCACAACUGGUGACAUGUUUGACAUCAACGAAGUGAAUAAUCAUUCUGAUUGCCUAAAACUAAUAGAAAGAAAUGAGACUGCCCGAUGGAAAAAUGUGAAAGUAAACUUUGAUAAUGUAGGAUUUGGGUAUCUCUCUUUGCUUCAAGUUGCCACAUUUAAGGGAUGGAUGGAUAUAAUGUAUGCAGCAGUUGAUUCCAGAAAUGUGGAACUCCAGCCUAAGUAUGAGGAAAGUCUAUACAUGUAUCUUUACUUUGUUAUUUUCAUCAUCUUUGGGUCCUUCUUCACCUUGAACCUGUUUAUUGGUGUCAUUAUAGAUAAUUUCAACCAGCAAAAAAAGAAGUUUGGAGGUCAAGACAUCUUUAUGACAGAAGAACAGAAGAAAUACUAUAAUGCAAUGAAAAAAUUAGGAUCGAAAAAGCCACAAAAGCCUAUACCUCGACCAGGAAACAAAUUUCAAGGAAUGGUCUUUGACUUUGUAACCAGACAAGUUUUUGACAUUAGCAUCAUGAUUCUUAUCUGUCUCAACAUGGUCACCAUGAUGGUAGAAACAGAUGACCAGAGUGAUUAUGUGACUAACAUUUUGUCACGCAUCAACCUGGUGUUCAUUGUGCUGUUCACUGGAGAGUGUGUACUGAAGCUCAUCUCCCUCCGCCAUUAUUAUUUUACCAUAGGCUGGAAUAUUUUUGAUUUUGUGGUUGUUAUUCUCUCCAUUGUAGGCAUGUUUCUGGCUGAACUGAUAGAAAAAUACUUUGUGUCCCCUACCCUGUUCCGAGUGAUCCGGCUCGCCAGGAUUGGUCGAAUCUUGCGUCUGAUCAAAGGGGCCAAGGGGAUCCGCACGUUGCUCUUUGCUCUGAUGAUGUCCCUUCCUGCCUUGUUUAACAUCGGCCUCCUGCUCUUCCUGGUCAUGUUCAUCUACGCCAUCUUUGGAAUGUCCAACUUUGCCUAUGUUAAGAGGGAAGUUGGAAUUGAUGACAUGUUCAACUUUGAGACCUUUGGCAACAGCAUGAUCUGCCUGUUCCAAAUUACCACCUCCGCUGGCUGGGACGGAUUGCUGGCACCUAUUCUCAACAGUAAACCACCAGAUUGCGAUCCUAAUAAAGUAAACCCUGGAAGCUCAGUUAAGGGAGACUGUGGGAACCCCUCAGUGGGGAUUUUCUUUUUUGUGAGUUACAUCAUCAUAUCAUUUCUGGUUGUGGUGAACAUGUACAUCGCUGUCAUCCUGGAGAACUUCAGUGUUGCUACAGAAGAAAGUGCAGAGCCUCUGAGUGAGGAUGACUUCGAGAUGUUCUAUGAGGUUUGGGAGAAGUUUGAUCCUGAUGCCACCCAGUUCAUGGAAUUUGAAAAACUAUCUCAGUUUGCAGCCGCUCUCGAACCUCCUCUUAAUCUGCCACAACCGAACAAACUCCAGCUCAUUGCCAUGGAUUUGCCCAUGGUCAGUGGUGACCGAAUCCAUUGUCUUGACAUCUUAUUUGCUUUUACAAAGCGGGUUCUGGGAGAGAGUGGAGAGAUGGAUGCUCUCCGAAUACAGAUGGAAGAGCGCUUUAUGGCUUCCAACCCAUCAAAGGUCUCUUAUCAGCCAAUAACUACGACUUUAAAACGAAAACAAGAGGAGGUGUCUGCCGUUAUUAUUCAGCGUGCUUACAGGCGCCACCUCUUAAAGCGAACUGUAAAACAAGCUUCAUUUACAUAUAAUAAAAAUAAAAUCAAAGGUGGGGCUAAUCUUCUUGUGAAAGAAGACAUGCUCAUUGACAGAAUAAAUGAAAACUCAAUUACGGAGAAAACUGACCUGACCAUGUCCACAGCAGCUUGUCCACCUUCUUAUGAUCGGGUAACAAAGCCAAUCGUGGAAAAACACGAGCAAGAAGGCAAAGAUGAAAAAGCCAAAGGGAAAUAAAUGGAAACAAAUAAGAAUAAUUGGGUGGCAAAUUGUUUACAGCCUGUGAACGUGAUGUAUUUUUGUCAACAGGACUCCUUGAGGAGGUCAAUGCCAAACUGACUGUUUUUACACAAAUCUACUCAAGGUCAGUGCCUACACUAAGACAGUGACCCCUUGUCAGAAAACUGUGACUCUGUGUAAAGGGGAGACGACCUCGACAGGAGGUUACUGUUCUCACUACCAGCUGACACUGCUGAAGACAGAGA